UCUAGAUGGUGGUUAAAACUUUUAUGGAUAUGGACCAGGAUUCAGAAGAUGAGAAACAGCAAUAUCUCCCUUUAGCCUUGCACCUUUCAUCUGAAUUCUUCCUCAGGAAUCCUAACAAAGAUGUUCGCCUGCUAGUAGCCUGUUGUUUGGCUGAUAUCUUUAGAAUAUAUGCACCUGAAGCGCCAUACACAUCUCAUGAUAAAUUAAAGGACAUAUUCUUGUUUAUAACAAGACAACUGAAAGGUCUGGAAGACACAAAAAGCCCUCAGUUCAAUAGAUAUUUUUACUUGUUAGAGAAUUUAGCCUGGGUCAAAUCCUACAACAUUUGUUUUGAAUUGGAGGAUUGCAAUGAAAUAUUUAUUCAACUCUUUAAGACUCUUUUCUCGGUUAUUAAUAACAGCCACAACCAGAAAGUUCAAAUGCACAUGUUGGAUUUAAUGAGCUCAAUAACCAUGGAGGGAGAUGGAGUUACACAAGAAUUGCUGGAUUCUAUCCUCAUUAAUCUAAUCCCCGCUCAUAAGAAUCUUAACAAGCAAGCAUUUGACCUUGCCAAAGUACUUUUAAAGAGGACCGUUCAAACAAUUGAGCCUUGUAUUGCAAAUUUUUUCAACCAGGUAUUGGUGCUUGGAAAGUCCUCUGUUAGUGACUUGUCAGAGCAUGUCUUUGACCUUAUUCAGGAGCUCUUUGCAAUAGAUCCUAAUUUGUUGGUUUCUGUGAUGCCGCAGCUGGAAUUCAAAUUGAAGAGUAAUGAUGGGGAAGAACGUUUGGCGGUUGUAAAGCUUCUAGCAAAGCUGUUUGGUUCUAAGGAUUCAGAUCUGGCCAAUCAAAAACCGGCCUCUUUGGCAGUGUUUUCUAGGGGGGUUUAAUGAUAUCCACGUACCUGUGAGAUUGGAAAGUGUAAAAUUUGCAAGCCACUGCUUAAUGAACCAUCCAGAUCUGGCUAAAGAUCUUACAGAGUUCCUGAAGGUGAGGUCGCACGAUCCCGAGGAAGCAAUUCGGCAUGAUGUUAUAGUAACUAUAAUUACUGCUGGGAGGAAAGAUCUUUCUCUAGUAAAUGACCAGCUACUAGGGUUUGUGCGUGAGAGAACAUUGGAUAAAAGGUGGAGAGUAAGGAAAGAAGCAAUGAUGGGUCUUGCCCAGCUAUAUAAGAAGUACUGCCUGCAUGCUGAAGCUGGGAAGGAAGCUGCAGACAAAGUGAACUGGAUAAAGGAUAAACUUCUACAUAUUUAUUAUCAAAACAGCAUUGAUGACAAGUUACUUGUAGAGAAAAUCUUUGCUCAGUACCUAGUUCCUCACAAUCUGGAAACAGAAGAAAGAAUGAAAUGUCUAUAUUAUUUGUACGCUAGUUUGGACUCUAAUGCUGUAAAGGCACUAAAUGAAAUGUGGAAGUGUCAGAAUAUGCUAAGAAGUCAUGUUCGGGAGUUGUUAGACUUGCACAAACAGCCACCUUCAGAAGCAAACAACACUGCCAUGUUUGGGAAAUUGAUGACUAUAGCAAAGAAUUUACCAGAUCCGGGAAAAGCACAAGAUUUUGUCAAGAAAUUUAAUCAGGUUUUGGGAGAUGAUGAGAAAUUGAGGUUUCAGCUAGAAAUGCUCAUAAGCCCAACAUGUUCCUGUAAACAAGCUGAUGUUUGUGUGAGGGAAAUUGCCCGGAAACUUGCUAAUCCAAAGCAACCUACCAACCCCUUCUUAGAAAUGGUGAAAUUCUUAUUAGAAAGAAUUGCCCCAGUCCAUAUAGAUUCAGAGGCUAUCAGUGCAUUGGUGAAACUGAUGAAUAAAUCUAUUGAGGGUACAGCAGAUGAUGAAGAGGAGGGUGUGUGAGUCCUGAUUCUGCAAUAAGAGCAGGAUUAGAACUGCUAAAGGUGUUGUCCUUUACCCAUCCGACUGCAUUCCACUCUUCAGAGACAUAUGAAUCCUUACUUCAGUGCCUUCGUAUGGAUGACGACAAAGUGGCAGAGGCAGCCAUCCAGAUAUUUCGCAAUACUGGGCACCGGAUUGAAACCGAUUUACCACAGAUACGAUCGACGCUUAUUCCAAUUUUGCAUCAGAAGGCCAAGAGGGGUACACCGCAUCAAGCUAAGCAGGCAAUACAUUGUAUACACGCUAUCUUUUCCAAUAAAGAAGUUCAACUGGCUCAGAUAUUUGAGCCUCUCAGCCGAAGUCUUAAUGCAGACGUACCUGAACAGUUAGUAACUCCUCUAGUAUCACUUGGUCAUAUUUCCAUGCUUGCUCCUGAUCAGUUUGCUUCUCCGAUGAAGUCUGUGGUGGCAAAUUUCAUUGUGAAAGAUCUUCUAAUGAAUGAUCGGUCAACUGGAGACAAAAACGGAAAACUGUGGUCCCCAGAUGAAGAAGUUUCACCGGAAGUUUUGGCUAAGGUACAAGCCAUAAAACUACUGGUCCGCUGGCUCCUGGGGAUGAAGAACAAUCAGUCCAAAUCUGCCAACUCUACCUUGAGAUUGUUAUCUGCCAUGUUGGUCAGUGAAGGAGACUUGACAGAGCAUAAGAGAAUUAGUAAGUCCGAUAUGUCUCGUCUAAGAUUAGCAGCUGGUGGAGCCAUUAUGAAGCUAGCCCAGGAGCCAUGUUACCAUGAAAUUAUCACUCCAGAGCAGUUCCAGUUAUGUGCACUGGUUAUUAAUGACGAGUGCUACCAAGUGCGACAGAUAUUUGCUCAGAAGUUGCACAAAGCUUUGGUGAAGUUGCAGCUUCCGCUUGAGUAUAUGGCUAUCUUUGCCCUGUGUGCCAAGGACCCAGUGAAAGAAAGAAGAGCUCAUGCAAGGCAGUGCUUACUUAAGAAUAUUAGCAUACGACGGGAAUAUACAAAACAGAAUCCAGUGUCAAAUGAGAAGCUGUUAUCCUUACUGCCUGAAUAUGUUGUACCAUACAUGAUUCAUCUCCUGGCUCAUGACCCAGACUUUACAAAACCUCAGGAUAUUGACCAAUUACGUGAUAUCAAAGAGUGCCUUUGGUUUAUGCUUGAAGUUUUAAUGGCUAAGAAUGAAAAUAACAGUCAUAUGUUCAUGAAGAAAAUGUGCGAGAACAUUAAACAAACUCGGGAUGCUCAGGCACCAGAUGAUCCAAAGGCUAACGAGAAACUAUAUACAGUCUGUGAUGUGGCUCUAUGUGUUAUGAACAGCAAAAUUACAUCAGUGCAUCUAGAAACUCCUAAGGAACCAAUGUUGCCGACUAGAUUUUUUACUCCACCUGAUAAGGAAUUUGUCAAUGAUAAGAGCUUCAUAUCUGAGGAGACUAGGGUUCAUCUACUAACCGGAAAGCCAAAGCCAACCUCCGUUCUCGGUGCUCUAAACAAGCCUCUAUCAGCUGCUGGCAGGCGGCCUUACCACAGAAGUACAGGAUCAGACGUUGGAAGCAACACCAGUGUGAUUUCUGAAUCUGACUCUGUACGGCAAAGGGAUCAGAUUUCUGAGGUAUCUGAAACAGGGGUCAGUGAAAAUGAAGAGAAUCCGGUCCGACUUCCUGUAACACCAGUCAAAGUGGAUUCUGUUAAGACGAAGGAGGUAAAUUCAGAUCAGUCUACAACACCUAACCUUGGUUCAGAGCGAGGAAAGAAGAGAUCGGCGCCGUCACCAGGUGCAGAAAAUAUUCAGAAGGAUUCAGAGGAGAAGAAGCCAGAUGAUGUAAUUCAGGCGCCACCACCAAAGCCAAGAAGGGGGCGACCUCCAAAGUCUGCAUCUCAGGGUAGCGCAGCAAAAAAUGAUGACUCAAGCAAGCCAUCUGGGAGAGGGCGCAAGAGAGCAUCAGCCAAUCAAGAUAGCCCAGCAGGAAUUGAGGUGGGCAAUGCGAAAGUACCAAAACACGAUCAAGCAGCCAAAAAGACAGCACAAAGGCAGAUGGAUUUACAAAGGUGA